UACCGCUUCGCAAACAUGGCACUGAAAGCAUGGCACGGAGGUCGAGCUCUCGCAUUGAGAGGUUGAGACUGUUGAGAGGUUAUACGAGAGACAUUCGUCACUCGCCUAAAAGUACCGGAGUGCUGAUCGCAGUCCUUCACUUUAUUUAGUUUGAAACAAAAAUAAAAAAUAAGUAACAAACUAGUAGAGUUUAAAGUAUCACUCUGUAACGAUUUUUAGGAACAAAACAUCUGUGAAACUCAAAUAUCGCGAAAGAAACGUGUGUAACUGGAGUUUCAUUGCAACAUAACGUGCAAUUGUCACGAAGUAAACAGGCGAAAAAGAAAACUAUAUUUUUGCAAAAUAUCAAUUAAUUGAAAUUGUGAAGUUGAUUCUUAGAUCGCUUAUUCAUUCCAGUAUGUUAAGUGUUGCACGGAGCUGUACAAGAUUCGCUCCGACUAGAGCAAUCUUGAAAAAUGGAUUUGGAACGCAAAGCUUUUACCGCACUGCUCAAAAAAGCCCACCGACCAGUUUUAGUCUUAGACUGUUUCAGAGGGGCCAAACUCAAUUCACUCAGGUGGAAGGCCUGCUCCAAAGAACGAAAAACCAAUCCGUAAGACGUGCUUCUGCGAUGGGUCAAAAAUCGCAGAAGAUUGUUGGUUCUUGGUUGUUGACUUGCAGCGGAAUGGUAUUCGUUGCUGUGGCACUAGGUGGGAUUACGAGACUUACGGAGUCGGGAUUGUCGAUGGUGACUUGGAAAUUUUUGGGCGAAAAAAUGCCUUCUGGUGAAACUCAAUGGAUCGAAGAAUUUGAGAGAUACAAAGAAUAUCCUGAGUACAAAAUACUGAAUAAGGGGAUGACGUUGGAAGAAUUCAAGAAGAUAUGGUGGAUGGAAUAUAUGCACAGAAUGUGGGGUAGAUUAAUAGGAAUAACGUUUGCUUUGCCAGCAACGUUUUUUUGGGCAACAGGAAUGUUAAUGCCAGCGGUAAAGCCUAGAGUACUGAUAUUGGGCUCGCUGAUAGGACUUCAAGGUCUUAUGGGAUGGUACAUGGUGAAAUCAGGUUUGGAGGAUCGCUUCGAUGGUCCAUCAGACAUUCCAAGAGUUUCACAAUAUCGACUCGCUUCUCAUCUCGGUCUGGCUUUGCUAAUUUAUACCGGGUUUCUCUACAAUGCCUUCGACCAUCUUUUCCCUGCGAAGAAAAUGGACUUGGACUUGUUUGGAACUCGAAACAUCCCUGUUAAAAUUUUUAAUGGUUUGCGAAAAUUCAAGCGUUUUGUUUACACGACCAAAGGACUCGUUUUCGCCACUGCCAUUUCGGGUGCAUUCGUCGCUGGACUCGAUGCCGGUUUGAUCUACAAUACUUUUCCCAAAAUGUCAGAUCGCUGGAUACCUGAUGAUUUGUUCGCCCACAAACCCAUCUAUAGAAAUUUCACUGAAAAUCCUACUAUGGUGCAGUUCGAACAUCGAAUAUUGGGAAUAACAACUCUCACCGUUAUCACGUUGAUGGGCCUAAGAUCUCGAAAGUUUGAUCUCCCUGGUCGUGGUUCCGCUGCAGUAAAGGCGGUGGUCUGCGCCGGUUAUCUCCAAGUAUUUAUAGGAGUAACAACGUUGUUGUAUCACGUUUUAGUACCAUUAGCAGCGAUGCAUCAAUCCGGAAGUCUCAUACUAUUGAGCACUGUUACAUGGCUUUGUCACGAGAUGAAACACGUCAAAAAAAUUAUUAAAUAAUUAUGGCGUACGAAGUCUUGAGCCUUGUUGUAAAAUAUAUGUACAUUUUUAUCCGCUAAGCUUUAAACAAUAAAAGUAUAGGAACGAAAGUUUCAAAGGAAA